GGGGAGGAAGGGAAUGAAAGGUCACUUGCCCCAGGCUCCAUCCACCCAGCCCCCCCCCCCUCCUCUCCUAAGCACCAGCUGGCCUCCAGGAGACUCAAAGCUGGCACAUUUCUGGCAACUGCUCAGCUCCUCAGGACAACACUGAGGGCUUAAAAGAAUGACCCAGACCCUGCCUGGGACACAAGAAGGGAGAAAAUCCUGGUUUCAGCUCUCCUCUGAAACAAAAAAUCCAUGAAAAGAGAUAUUCAUAAGGCACCUGGCAGAAGCUUGCCUGCGGAACACCUGUCCUGCCUACUACUAUCUCCACACAGCAACAAAAGUCACUUCCUUUUACUGGUGCUUUGAGUGGCUGACAGCCCUGGACAGUCAGGUUAACGCUGACCUGACCGCAACCCAUUCUUCACUUCAACAGGAUGAGAGUGGCAGGUCUGAUCCGUGUUGUGGUCUUCAUCUUUACCAUAGUCACCAUGUGGGUCUUCCUCCGCAGCUACACAAGCUUCAGCAGGAAAACAAUUCGUCUGCCACGCUGGCUGGGCAUAACCCCCAAGGACAUCCAGACCCCGAAGUCCAAGUGUGGGCUCAGCAAGAUCUGCCCAAACAACUUUUUUGCAUUUAAAAUCAGCAGUGGAGCUGCCAAUGUGGUGGGCCCCUCCAUGUGCUUUGAAGACGAAAUUAUCAUGAGUCCAGUGCGAAACAACGUGGGCAGAGGCCUGAACGUUGCUCUGGUGAACGGAUCAACUGGCCAGGUGAUGAAAAAGGACAGCUUUGACAUGUACUCUGGAGACCCCCAACUCCUGCUGAACUUCCUUACGGAAAUUCCAGAUAGCACCCUGGUGCUGGUAGCCUCCUAUGAUGACCCAGGGACCAAAAUGAACGACAAAAUCAAGACGCUUUUCUCCAACCUGGGAAGUUCCUACGCCAAGCAGCUGGGCUUCCGGGACAGCUGGGUCUUUGUAGGUGCUAAAGACCUCAAGAGUAAAAGCCCAUAUGAGCAGUUCUUAAAGAACAACCCAGAAACAAACAAAUAUGACGGAUGGCCGGAGUUGCUAGAGCUCGAGGGCUGUGUGCCACGGAAAGUAAUGUAGGGUGGCCUAGGGAGCCAAAGAAAUGCCCAACGGACUUGAGAGCAGAACCCAGGAGUGCUGGGUCUAUGCUGGCAGGAGCUGACUGGGAGGAAGAAAGAAGCCAUAUGGUACGCUCUGAUCAUCCCCUGCACACAGUGACUCACUUCCCGUCUAAGGAAGCAACAGCCUCCCACUGCCCCAUAGUGGCCAUCUUGAGGAUGGGCGGCCAUGGGGCCUGUGGAACCGGCUGUUGGUAGAGAGAACAAGACCUUCCAAGACUGCCAUGGUUGUCUCCAGAAGGACUGGCUGCCUACACUUACUUGAGCAGAAUUAAAUUCUAUUUUUGCUGAUUUUGAACGUU